AUGCUGAAGGUCCAGCCCGCACAUCGAGAACCGAAAACUGUGGGCGACUGGUGUGCCUGGAAACUCGUCAGAUUCUGCCGGUUUUGGAUGGAUCUAGCCAUAGGCCUUCGCUCAGAUCAGCAGGUCGACAAAAAGAACCCUACCACGGCAGUUGAGGCGUCCAAGCCUCUAACUGAAGCCCAAUGGCUCGUCCGAUUCGUAUUUCUCGAAUCCAUCGCCGGCGUCCCGGGCAUGGUCGCGGGCAUGUUGCGGCAUUUGCGGUCUCUCCGCCGGAUGAAGCGCGACAAUGGCUGGAUCGAGACGCUCUUGGAAGAGUCGUACAACGAGCGGAUGCACCUCUUGACCUUCAUGAAGAUGUGCGAACCCGGCUGGUUCAUGAAGACCAUGAUUAUGGGAGCUCAGGGCGUGUUUUUCAACGCCCUCUUCUUCUCAUACCUGAUCUCACCGAAGAUCUGUCACCGCUUUGUCGGCUAUUUGGAAGAAGAGGCCGUGCACACUUACACUCGAUGCAUCCACGAGAUCGACCAGGGUUUGCUGAAGAAGUGGAGUAGCAAGGAUUUCAAAAUCCCCGACCUGGCGGUACAAUACUGGAAUAUGCCAGAGGGAAAGAGAACGAUGAAAGAUUUGAUCAUGUACAUCAGAGCCGACGAGGCUGUCCACAGAGGCGUCAACCAUACACUGAGCAACCUGAGCUAUAAAGAGGAUCCCAACCCGUUUGUCAGCGACUACAAGACCGAAAUGAACGUCCACAAACCCAAAGCGGUGCUGAAGCCGACGGGGUACGAACGAGAAGAGGUCAUUGGUUAG